AAACACAGACUUGGCAUACCGCAGCCUAGAGCACUUCAGCACACGGCCACGUCUCAGUUAUCUACCUCGAUCACAGUCCAUCGUGAACCUAUACGCAGUUACGAGCUCUGUCUCCUUGGUCGUGCAGUAGCCAUGCUCGAAAUCGAGCUCCUCACGUUCGCCGGCGCCACCGUGGUUGCAAUAGCCCUCCUCCCUCGUCUCUACGUCGUCAAAAAACGCGAAGCGGCCAGCAAACAACGCGAAGCGGCCAUCGACCACUUAAUCCAACAAGCGAAGACCGAGAGAGCCCACUAUGCACCGAUCGACUUCAGAAAAGGCCCUCUAAAGUCCGGAUGCGCGCGCGAGCUCGCCGAAAUGGAAAUGCGCUUCCUUCGCUCCCUCAUCGAUCACUUCUCGGGGCGAGCGAUGAGCGGAUUCUUCCCACGAAACGAUCCCUUCCUAGGCUGGUAUCUCAGCGGUCUUUCUGAGACUGAGAUGCCGUCGCUGGAGCACAUCUGGAGUCAUUUUUGUUAUCGUGUGAUACACUGGGAUGACGACCAAGUCAUUAAAGAGCACCUUGAGACAGUCAUCAGCCGGGGCGCGCUUGCGAGCAUGCUGAUCGACGAACAUAAGGAGAUUGCCUUCCGAUCGAUAGAACUCAACGUCGGCCGCCUCCUCGCCUCCUCAGACUUCCUGAAGUCACACAAGCUUGAAAUCGAGGAAUACCACUUCCUUGAGAACGAAAGCAAAUACACCGAAGAUACCGUCCUCGAGGGCCUUCUACAAUUGAUCAAGAAUCCAACGCGGACUGGUUACCACAAUACACUGAACCUAUUCGGAGGACCGCUCGACAAAGUCUAUUUGCACUUCAUCUGGCGAGUCAUCCACUGGCCUCCGUCAUCUCACGCCGUGUUCAAUUCGAUUGACCUAGUCAAAAAGAGGAUGCAAGCAUCCUGGACCUCAUCAUCUACCAAUAUCGAGCAACGGAGAAAGCUGGAGGAUAUCACGUCGCGCGAAGCGCUCGCCAGAAUCCUCGUUGACGAGCUUCAGAAGGCGAUGAGAUAUGCCACACUCGGGAAUAAGAAGUCUGACACCGCGGAGUCUGAAAGAGCGGAGCUUGGCGAGAAGAUGAAGGUGAUGUUUACCGCCGUGUGGGAUUCUAGGAUAGCCGUGUUCCACGGAGUCCCGGAAGAGAGCUUUGAGGAGAGGCUUACGCCAGAAAAAUGCCUCCGUACUCUUCUAGACCGUCAUCGUAACGAGAGGCAUGUUUACAAACGACUUGACUUAGAUGCGAAGUUAGGGAUUCCGAGCGAUGACUGCGCUCCGAGCGCUGAAUGUCGACUCCUCAGAUACCUCCUGAGGAACUACAGGCACUACGAUGGCGAUCCAGAAGUGGAAGCAAAGAUGGGACCAGCCGAAGCUCAAGAGCAUGGCAUGCUCCCGAUUUGGAACCACUAUCUGUGGCGCGUCGUCUUUUGGAAGGACGAAACGCAUACGAAUAUUCAGGCGCGCCAUCACCUUGAAGAAAUCACGACCAGAGAAGGCCUCGCUAGCUUCCUGCUCAAGACUACUUGCGAAGGCAAGGCCGUGGCGUUGAAGAAGUCACCAGCGUCUCGCGACGAAGCAUCUGUGAGCGACUGCGCUAUCUACAACGGAGCAGCGAUCCCAGAUGUCCGCAAGGGAGACACCAUCAGCAUGCAAUCUCCUCCUGAAGGGUCGGGAAGCGAAGAACCCACUUACGAAAGCCUCUGUAUGGAUCCAUUCUUUAGCGGCGGCAGUUCAGGCAAACGAGAGUCCGGGCGCACGGAGUCUUCCACCAAUCCAUCAAGCAGACACCAAAGCGCAGCCGAAGUAGAUGCGAGGCAUGUACUUGACGGGAAGAGACACCCUGUCAACGAAGGAUUUGGUCCGUACGUCUUCCCAAAGAAAGCGGGCAGUCAUGACGCGUUGGACGUAGCGAAUCCGCCCAGCGUGGACAGCCCUGGCUCCGACGAUGGGGCAGAAGGUGGCGCUGACGUAUCGGACGACGGGUCAUUUACUCGUAGUGUUCCUACCGUGGACCUCGAGGAUUUGGAGGACCGGAAAUGA